AUGAAACUAAUUGCCGAGGGAACAAAGAAGCUCGCCAAUGAACCAGGAUAUGAAGCAAGUCUUCCAUGGAGGGGAGGACUUCGUCCGAAGAAUGAUCCAGAAGCAGCCAGGAAACGAUAUUCUUCAAUUAAGAAGAAGAUGGAACGAGUGCCAGAAUUUGCUGAGGAUUACAGGACGGCCAUUGGAGAGUACAUAAAGAAUGGUUAUGCUAAAUCAGUGACAGAAACACACGAAAUCAACCACCCCAAUCAGAGAUGGCUGCCUCACCACGGGGUGUAUAAGAACCCAAAGACAAGGAAACUUCGUGUCGUAUUUGAUUCGGCCGCCUUAUAUCACGGUGUUUCACUCAACGAUUGCUUGUACACCGGGCCAGCCCUCCAGAACGAUCUGAUUAAUCUACUUAUUGGGUUCAGAGAAUUUGACAUUGCUCUCACUAGCGACAUCGAAGCUAUGUAUAGUAGAAUCAAAAUGAACCCGGAAGACGCAAGAUAUCACAGAUUCCUAUGGGAAACGGAACCAGGGGGGGAAGUUGGGCUGUUCGAGAUGACCGGGGUAGUCUUUGGAGACUCGCCGUCUCCUUGCCAAGCAAAGCAUGUGCUUCAUCGUACGGCAGAAGAAUUUGGCGAUCCCAAGAUUCUAGAAUCUGUCCGAUCCAAGUUCUAUAUGGACGAUUAUCUGAACAGCUUUCCGACUGAAGAAGAAGCAUCAUCUCAAGCAAGAACUUUGAAGAAAACGUUGACGUGUGGAAACUUCAAGUUAACAAAAUGGAUGUCUAACUCUCAAAGGGUUGUUGAUUGUUGCAUCAAUCAGCCAGAUCAUUCAUCUAUCCAGGAACCACAACCAAAGAUUGACUUCGGCCCGAAUAAAGGAAAUGUUUUGGGUAUGGAAUGGAACACAGAAGACGACGCCCUAUCUUUUUCUCACAAAAACCAAAAUUCGGAGGUCUUCCCAUUCACCCGAAGAAGUCUAUUGAGCAAGCUAUCCGGAUUUUUAGAUCCGUUAGGUUUAGCCUCGCCUUUCACCGUCAAGGGGAAAAUUGCAAUGCAAACUCUGAUCAAAUUGGAAAAAAACUGGGAUGAAGAUAUUGGAGAAGAUGAACGAUUGUGGUGGACCAAAUGGGUAAAGGGCCUAUCCCAAAUCCAACAAAUCUCCAUUUCCCGUUGUCUUAGGCCAGGUCUGGCCAAGGAAACCCAAUUACAUGUCUUCUGUGACGCCAGCAUCGAAGCAUUCGCUGCAGUGGCAUAUCUCCGACAUGAGUUUGAAACAGGAAAAGUCGAAAUCCGGAUCGUGCUGGCAAAAAUAAGAGUGGCUCCGGUGAAACCCAUAUCUGUAGCCAAACUAGAAUUGAACGCCGCUGUUUUAGGUUGUCGGAUCGCGGAAGUAGCAGAGAAAUCUUUGAGAGGCCAAAUUCACCGACGGACGUUCUGGACCGACUCCUCAGCCGUCAGAGGCUGGCUUAGAGGAACAGCCACAUUUUACCAGACAUUUGUGUGUAAUCGGAUCGGGGAGAUUCAGACGCUUUCCGCGGCCAGUGAAUGGCGUCAUGUGCCAGGAUCAAAGAACCCAGCGGAUCAUGCCACAAGAUCAGCCAUGGCAGAGGAGACCCCGUUAUCAGAAGAGUGGAUUAACGGGCCCGAGUUUCUUCUCAAAAAUGAAUCUGAAUGGCCGCGGGACAUUGAGGUGAAGAAAAACCUCGACCAAAUCAAAUCCAGUUUCAACACGUUUCUAAUCGCAAACACGGACAAGGAUGAAUGGUACUCUUCUCUCAAAACUCUACAGGAAGCUCUGGACAAAUUGAAUCCAAAUCAAGACAAGUCUUAUGGAAUGAUGGAACUCAUACGAGAGGCCCAGAGCAAAUCUUUUGGGGAGGAGAGGCGGUCAAUGAUCGAAAAGAAACCUCUUAAAGGUUCGUCAAAAUUGGUCGGACUCAGCCCGUUCAUGGAUAAAGACGACAUCAUUCGAGUUGGAGGUCGCAUUGACCGAGCCAAGAAGCUGGCCUCUAUGUUGACUGAGGCUGUUUGGUCGGCUCUUUUGUCCUGGUUCACGUUGGUGGGUUCCACGUGCAAGUUAAGUCUGAUAAUGGGCUCCAGUUUCAUGUCCACCCCUCUGCCCUCAGCAGGAGGGCCGGCUGGACACGAACCUUCCUCCCUCUAUCACCCCGCCAACAAUUGGGUGGCGGAAGCUGGCGUCAAGGCCUUGAAAGGCCUGCUUGCCAAGACUGGAGGCCGUGAUGGUGCUGCCUCCCGUGCGAUGGUGCUUGAAUGGAGCUGCACCCUGCACGUCAACAGCUAUUCACCAACUGACGCUUUCCACACCCCCAAAGUUCGAUCCCGGUUGCCCACACCCCGCCAAGACCAUUCCCUUGACCGUGAAGGCUUUGAGGCCGCCAGGUCCCGUUACCAUAAGGACAUGGCCCACCGAGCUCAUGGUCGUCCCCUCAAACCGCUCCAGCUGGGCCAAAUGGUUCAUAUGCAGUAUGACGUUACUGAGACAUCCUGGAGUUUUGGCUCAUGA